AUGGCCAGACGUGCAGCAGGCCGUCGUGGACGAGCAAGAGGAAAAACGCGGGAAACUCCCCGCGAGACUUUCGCAUCUCCCGCUCUUCCUCCCUCCCUCCCAGCCCACUCGACCAGCUCUACGUCUGCGAUCGAGGCCAAUUUCGACGAAAUACUUGCAGAGCGUCCGUCUGCGCCUCUUGAUCCUGCCAGCAGUCAGCCUGAAGCAGCAUGCGUGCCUCACCAGCCUAGACCUCCGCACAACGGGGACCGUCCCGCUCAGCGAUCUGCUUCACACAAUCGCAGGAACAGCAGCAACAAUUCCAACUCGUAUCAAUCAGAUAGAAACCAGGCAUAUUCCGAUCGGUCGUCGCAAUCGUAUUAUCCCCCGAGUGUCCCCAUGGCGGCCCAACAGACCCCCGUCCUGCAUCGGUUCUUGUCGGACGUUGCGGACCUAGUCCGGGACCACAACGGCGCCAAACUGCAGGAUUUCCUGCAGAUCGAGCCUCCCUUACCUCCUAUAUACUCACAGAUGGUGGAUGAAUUACGGCGAUUCUAUCCCAGUGGACAACAUGGCGAUGCGGAGCUGCUCCGUAGGUGCGAGGGUCUGGUUCCGCGGCCAAAAGGUGGCAGCUCAUGGAUAGCCUUCCCUACAUUCAUGAAGCUCUAUCUGUCGUUUCUCCGUGAUGUGAAUGUCGACAAUCUUCUCGAGACGUACAAUCUACUAAAGGGGCUAUUGAAUCAAUGUGUCUUGGCGUUGGGAGACAGUCAAAUGGGCGUUAUUGUCCUCCCCACCGUUCUCUAUCUAUCCAAAGUCCUUGCGAAAUUGGCCAUGGGUCUCGACCGUCGUCCGGAGCUCAUUGCGCAUCUCCUGAGAUUGGAAGGUCGAUCUAGCCAGGAAGAGAGCUUGGAGAAGGUGACGUUGGUGGAGCAGUCAGCGAAUGUGGUUCGCGAAGCAUUCAUCAAAUGUUUGACAGAUCGUAGCGGAACUCCGGGGAUUCAUGGGAAACCGGAAGGCAGACGCAUUGGAAUCUACCUCAUGGCAAACUUGUGUCUGAAACUACUUUUCCAGUGCGGCAAGCUUCGAAAUGCUGAGCAAAUGUUCGCCAGUAUCAGUGCGCAGUCGCCUCCGUUGGCGUAUUUCCCAGCUUCCCAGAGAGUUACAUAUCUUUACUAUCUCGGACGCUAUUUGUUUUCCAACAAUCUCUUCUUCCCUGCUCAGGUCACCUUGCAAGCGGCAUACGACCAAUGCCACCGACAAGCACUGAAACAGCGACAACUCAUUCUCACAUAUCUCAUCCCGUGCAAUAUGAUCAUGGGCCGGUUUCCAUCCCGGGAGUUGCUCCAACGGCCGGAAUCCCAGGACUUGGCAGAGCGCUUCGUGCCCAUCUGCCAGCUGAUCGUUCGCGGGGAUUACAUUUCCUUCCGUAAUUACCUUUCCAUGGACUCGCCAGAGACCGAGUGGUUCGCGCGGAAGGGGCUGCUACUUCCUCUGCGCAACCGUUGUGAGAUCCUUGUAUGGCGGUCUCUGACCCGGAAAGUAUUCAUCCAUGGAGGGUUCCAGGGGGACCUACGCGCGCAGACCCAGCGUGGCCCUCCGCCAUUCCUUUAUCUGAAAAAAUUGGAGAUCGCCGUGAAGUGGCUGCAAUCGCUACACGCACAGUCUCCUGGAACGGCUACAGAUGCCGACGCGAAAGACUCUAAACUGGGUUCCCAGGUUGUGUACAGGCCGUCAGACAUCGACUUUGCCGGAAUUUCCGACUGGGAGAAUGCUGAUGACGGAGCAGGAGCAGAGGAUGUUGGCCUCCGGUCCAAAUAUGAGGAUUACCUGGCACCGGUCGGUUAUUUUGACGCACAAGGCCGGUCGCGCGAAAACGAUCGGGGCACGCCUGUCGACGGGGAGCUCGACACAAAUUUCAGUGCGUACGAGUUGGAUCCGUAUGCGCAACGCACCACGACCGAUGGCGAUUCCGAAGACCAGCAUACACCGGCCAUGCGGGAGAUCGAAUCCAUCCUCUCGUCACUUCUGACCCAGAGCCUGAUGAAGGGCUACCUCACACAUAAGAACCCGCGGUUCGCAAUUCCUGGCUCCCGAGCGCGGGGCGCAUUGCCUACCGGGUUUCCGAACGUCUGGCAGACGAUCUUCUCACGAGAGAGCGACGAGAACAAUAUCCCCGGUUGGGUGCAGACGCCGUCGCCCGUGGCAGCGGCAGCUCCGGCAGGAGGACGGGUGGUGAAUCUGAAGGGGGCACGACCCGUGGGAGUUCAAUAG